UCUGUGGGCAAAUACAGUGGUCACUGCUCAGAUGUAUAAGACAAUGCAAGGAAAUAGGAAGCCCACUCGGCAAAGACCAGGCGGGCUUCCAGAAGUUUCCCUGCAAUGAGUGUAGAAGCAGAGGGACAGCGCCCAUGGUAAACCUGCAGCACUGAUGUGGAGCAGCUCACUUUUUCUUGGAGAAAUUGGGAUAAAGAUCAAUAAGACCCAAUGGCUGAAGCAAUCGUUCUGCGAGAGAAGAAACAGCGCACACUACCACAAACUGAAGGCAACUUUGAAGGUCUGGACUUGUCAGGAGGACUCCGAAUAGUUCUUGUGGGUAAGACUGGAUCAGGGAAGAGUGCCACAGGAAACACUAUUCUUGGGAGAGCUGCUUUCAGGGAGGACCCCAGCCCUGUCUCUGUGACCAAACACUGUGAGACCGAAAGCGGGGAGGUUGACGGGACGACGGUGCAGGUGAUCGAUACUCCAGGCCUGUUUGACACCGCCAUCACAGAGGAGGAGCUGAAAAUCCGAAUAGAGGAAUGUGUCAAAAUGUCCGUCCCCGGACCGCAUGCAUUCUUAUUGGUGAUCAGGCUUGGAGUGCGCUUCACUGAGGAAGAACGAAAUGCCGUCAAAUGGAUACAGGAAAACUUUGGAGAUGAUGCCUCUAUGUACACAAUCAUGCUUUUUACAUGCAAGGAUCAGGCCAAGGCAGACAGUGCGCUGAAGGAGUGCAAGGAACUACGUAGACUCUCAAUUACGUUUGGACGGAGGUAUCAUGCUUUCAACAACUGUGACGCAGAUGACCGAGUGCAGGUCACAGAGCUCAUCAAUAUGAUCAAGGAAAUGGUACAUGACAAUGGUGGUAAACACUACACCAAUGAGAUGUAUGAGAGGGCCCAGAAGAAGCUCCGGGAGGAGGAGGAGCGCAGGAAGCAGGAGGAAGAGGAGAAGAAAGAGGAAGAGAGAAAGAUAUGGGAUGCAGAAAGAGAGCAGCAGGUGAAAGACCGCGAGAAAGAGAAAAAAGUAAAGCGGAAGAAUAUCCGUGUGGCUGCUGCUGCUGCAUUGUUGCUGGUGCUGGCCGGGGUAGUGAUAGCUGUUGGGGCCCACACCACGGUGGCUCUGGCUCUGGGGGCCCCUGCGCUCGUCCUGGGCGUGCUGUGUGGGCUAGGGGCCAUUGGCAUCUGGAAAGGAGUAACAUGUAAACCUAAAGCCAAUUUUCCAGUAUAACAGAGCAAUCAAAAAGGACAUGUUUGAAACAUCAAAUAGAUAUUGAAAUUUAAACUGGUAUUGUAUGUGUUUAUUUCACUAUGUGUGUUUUUGAACAGUGAUAGAGAGAUGGAGAGAAGUCUUAAAAACAGUAUUUCAAUGAAUUUUGUUUUGCACUCUCUCACAGUGCAAUGUAGACAUAAGGUCCACAUGAAUAGA